AUCGAAUUCUAGUACUGUCGACGCAAUGAAUAAUGAGGGUCACACUCCACUCAUACCAGGCGCAAGAAGUGACCAGAUAGGUGUCGUGAGACGGUUGCUUGCCAAUGGCGAUGUGCAAGCUAUGAGUGGAGAUACUACAAAGGGUCGAAUAGCACUCUCUUGGGCUUGUAGAAACGGCCAUACAGAGACAGCAGAUAUGCUACUUGCAGCGAUUCAAUUUGAUGUGGACUCUUUGGAAAUCGAGUCCAGCCGCACGGCCUUGAUGUGGGCAGCUGAGGCUGGUCAUAUCGAUCUUAUGCAAGUAAUAUUACGAGCGGUGCCGGUUGACCUACGCACACAAGACACAACGCAAGGCCGGACUUCUUGCUCGCUCGCAGCCAAGAGGGGUCAUCUCGAGGUAGUAAGCAUGUUCUUGAACAAUGGGUGCAUCGAUGUUGCUGGCAUGACAGAUCUCGAGUAUGGGCGAACAGCCUUAGCGUGGGCAGCUGGAGAUGGGCACACCGCUGUAGUGAAGCUCCUACUGAAUCAAAGCCACGACCGUAGCCUGGGAUUUGCGCUGGAUUUCUAUGGCCAGACGGCGCUUUUUUGGGCUGCAGCAGAUGGACACGAAUCGACUGUACGCGCAUUACUCGCGUACGACGAGAGCGAUGUCGGUCUCGUUAGCAAAUCUGGCUGGACGCCUCUCAUGUGGGCUGCGUCUGGUGGACACGCACCUGUAGUAGAAGCCCUUUUCCAGGCCGCGAAGUUGGGUGUCAACGUCAAAGAAUCCAAGCUUGGCAGAACUGCUCUCUCCUGGGCUGCAGCACACAGCCAUGCGGAGGUCGUCUCGAUACUCCUCGAAAACAACGACAUCGAUAUAGAUCUGCCAGACGAUGAAGGCUUCACGCCUUUGUUCUGCCCUAUCAACCACAAUCACGAGGUCAUUGUGUCGCUGUUGCUGAGCACUUCCGUCAAGGUAGACGUGGUGGACACGUCAGGUCGUAGUCCGUUAAUUCUAGCUUCGGAGUUGGGGUACGCGGGUGUGGUGAGUCGUUUGCUGGAGGUUGGACAUGCCGAUGUUCACAUCAAAGACCAACGAGAUCAAACAGCGCUCUCACUGGCGGUCGCAAAUGGCCAUGACGAUGUAGCCUCGAUACUUAUCGAGUUUGGCAGAGCGGAGGUCCCCUAUCCUGGUGAUCUCAUAGAAUCUCCAUCGCCUGAUGAGUUUGUAGAGAUGCAUGAAGAGAAAUCGGCUGCUGGAGAAGGCCGCAGUGAUCAUAUUGCGAAGUAG